UGAGUGACUUUUUGCAGAAGCUUUGCCACAUCUUGUAGGGCUUGGCUGGCAUGAAGCACUGAAGGACAGGUGCCUCACAGGAGCAUCAGACUGAAAUCCUGCCCCAGAUCCCUUGUUUUUUGCAGGCUAGGAGGCUGCAACGCAGUCACACCCUCCUCUUUAUACAGGAAAAGCAGGAAAGGACAGUGGCUUUUCUAAGCACCUCUACAGCAUGGAAAGACCCUGUAAUAUGGGUCACGGGGGCCCACGCUGGAUUUCACCGAAGCGUAUUUGGCUUCCCAAGGACCAAAAGUGACCUUGAUGAGGGGAAAAGUAAAACCUCCCUUUGGGUCUCUGAACAUAUGGAACUACUCAAUGGGGAUUCUCAGCUCAUCUAAAAUUAGUACUAUAUUUUCACUGUAACUGUAACUUGCAAGGAUGGCUCAAAUACGAAACUUCACUUGGGCAGUGGAAGAUAUUUUCAAGGAAACUUUUCUCACUUACAUGAAUGGCUGGAGGAAAAACAUGACGGAAGCAGCAGAUAAAUUGCAAGCCACGGUUGAAGCUGAAAACUUUGACUAUGUUAUCCUUUAUUUGAUGGUGAUGAUUGGGAUGUUCUCCUUCAUUAUAGUGGCAAUCUUGGUGAGUACUGUGAAAUCAAAGAGGCGAGAGCACUCUCAUGACCCCUAUCAUCAGUACAUCGUUGAGGACUGGGGCAAGAAGUAUAAAAACCAGGUUCUGAAUCGAGAAGACCUGAAGUGUAUGAUCCAUGAAAACUUCGGUGCAAGGGACAAAACAAGCCCUGAAUCACCUUGACCUUUUGGAAACACCAUCAGUGAGGAAAACAUAAAGCCAGGAACUCACUGGAAUUACAAAUAGAUGUGAAAGUGUUCUUUCAUUACAUUAACAGACAGGUCAAUGUGGAACAGAUUGCUGAGGAAAUCAACAUUACUGUUUCCCAAGAGGACUUUGGAAUAGCUGGUUGGGGAAAA